GUGAUUGCGAUUACCUUGUUAAACUGAUACAGGGUUAUUUGGUCUUUUGUAAACACACGCAGUCGCAGCUUGUCGACGCACUCACGUUACUCUACUCUCACUCAACCACAGCAACGCAGGGUGAAAGCAAACGUAUCAGACUCUUGGUACGCGGGACAACGCAACGAGCCAAGCUCCACAGCCGCGACAAUCGCCAGUGGGCCACCGUUGGGAGAUUCACAACCAGCCUGUUGAUCUUCUUUUUGGACCGCAUUGGUGUGACUUGCGACUUCUCUGCCUACACAACCAUACACAGCACGCAACAUGUCGGCAGCGGCAGCAAACAAGCCGCCGGCCACGGGCACCCCAGGGCGCAGCACUCCCUCGAGAGUCUCCUCGUCCUCGCCUGCUGCGGCGAACCGCACGCCCACGCGCUCUUCUACACCGACAACGACCGGAACAGCAGGCGGUGUUGCUAGGACGCGAUCAGUCAGGUCAGGGGCCAGCGGAGCGCCCGUCUCAGCGCGCGCCUCUGCCAAGAAGCCAGCUCCGCCCUCGGCGCUGAGGAGGAACUCGUCGCAGGUCGAUAGCCCUACCGAGGAGGACAGUGCUGCCGCAGACGCAAAGGCGGCAUAUCUGCAGCAUCUCGAAGAGCGCCUUUUGAAGGCCGAGACUGAGGCUGAGGAGCGCUUGAAGCAGAUCGAAGUGCUCAAUGCACGCCUAGACGAUGCGCACGCCGAGCAGUCGAAGCUUGAAGAGCGCGCUCACGAGGAAGAGGAGAAGGUUGAGACCCUUGAGAACGAGAAGAGGGAGAUCACACGGCAGCACAGGGAGCUCGAGGGUAUCUACGAGGCCGAGCGUGCCCAGGCCAUGAAGGAGAAAGAGAGCACGCAGACACGUGAAGAAGAGCUGCAGGAGACGAUUCAACGGCUGAAGGAAACUAUGGCUACUAAGAACGUCCAGGGUGUUGAGGACGGCGAGGCCCCAUUGUCGCGUGCGUCGAGCUUUCGCAACAACCCUUCGCGCACCAACUCCUCCCAGAACCUUGAGAACUUUGCACCGCCCAACUCGGUCCAGCGCAGCAACUCGCGCAACAACUCGAAGCUCAUUCAUCAGAAAGACAAGAUCAUCGAAGACUUGCGGCUUGAGCUUGCGGAGUACCAGGUCAAGGUGCUCGAGGUUGAAAAUGCUGGGGGUGGCCGCACCCGCGAGUUGGAGAAGCAGCUGCUGGAGACGCGUAUGACGAAUGCUAGGUUGAUGGAGGAUAACGAGAGCUUCCAGCUUCUGCUUGGCGAGAAGACACUCAAUGGUGAUCUGAGCCGCGGCGACUUCUUGCGCGAUUCGUCACACGCUGAAGACCGUCCUUCCUCGCGCAAAGGCCCGUCAACCAGCCUUGCAGAUGAACUGGAGUCCGCAGAGGAGGCACCAGAUGUGGAACUUGUCCGCAAGCUAGAAGCCGAAGUGAACAGCAUGAAGGACCAGAACAAGGCCCUUACACUCUACAUUAACAAGAUCAUUGGCCGUCUCCUCACAUACCAGGGCUUCGAGUCCGUAUUGGGCAACGACCCUGACGACAAACCCAACACCAACAAGGACCUCCCGCCACCACCGCCAGAGAAGGACAACGACGCACCAACCGGCUUCCUCCAGCGCGCCAAAUCUGUCGUCGGCGCCGGUCCCCGCAAGCAACGCCCAGCAUCCAUCAUGGGCCCGCCAGCCUCAGCAGUCCACGAAGACCCUACCACCGCGCCCAGCAUCCCCAUCGCUCAGCGCGCUCCAAGCGGCGGCAACCCGCACCGUCGCUCAGCCUCCAUCCUCCCCGACGCAGCAAACAUUGUAAACACAAUGUACCGCAUGCCCCCACCCGCGGCCACACCAGGCCAGACAUCCCCCGGUCUCGUCAGCCCAAGGAACAGUUUCUUCGGCAUCCCUAUCGCUGGCCAGAACAACAGCAAUCCCACAUCCCGCGCCGCAUCAGGUCAGCAGAACAUCCCCGAGGACAGGGAGAUUGACACCGCGAGCGUCAUGUCAGGCACAACGACCACAUCAGGUGGUGCAAGUGGACACGUCGACACACCAUCUCCCCCGCGCGGACGCUUGGAGAGGAGCGAUACAUCUGGACCGAUGACGGGCAAGGGUAUGAGACCCUUGAGGCUGGUGCAGAACGAAGAGGAGGCAAGCAAGGCGCGCAAGGCUGCGAAUCGGCAGAGUUGGUUUGGCGGGCUGUUUGGUGCGUCGAACCCAGCCAACGCUCAGCAGCAGCAGGAGCAGUAGGUGCUUACAUCUGCUGGAUUCUGUUUGCAAGUGGGAGCCCCUUGGUGGGGGGGGGGGAGAGGUUGAUGAG